CAUUUGGUGUUUAGUUUAUGUAGUCUAGAUCUAGAAUAAAUCUAUAGAUCCAGAUCUACUUUAAGAAUUGUCGUCAAUACUGUAAUAUUGGUUUGCCUACGUCUGUAUUAAAAUAUAGCCUACUGAUCAACAAGAUGGCUUCACACAAAGUUGAUAAUGAUAAUCAAAUUAAAUUUGUCAUUGUUCCUGGAAAUGGUGCUGGGGAUAUAACACAUGCUAACUGGUAUGGCUGGCUGUCUCGGAAACUGAAAGAGGCAGGGACUGUUUGUGAGUUAAAAAACAUGCCUGAUCCGAUAACUGCCAAAGAAUCUGAAUGGAUACCAUUUAUGAAGAAAGAAUUGAAAUGUGAUCAAAAUACAAUAAUUAUUGGACACAGUUCAGGAGCUCAAGCUGCUAUGAGAUAUGCUGAAACACACAAGGUGUAUGGCAUAGUUUUAGUUUCUGCUUGCGUCACCGACAUGGGGGACGAGAAUGAAAGAGCAAGUGGAUAUUACAAUCGUCCUUGGGAGUGGGAGAAAAUAAAAGAAAACACUAAAAUCCUCGCCCAGUUUGGUUCAACAGAUGAUCCUUUUAUUCCCUGGUCGGAACAGGAACAAGUUGUCCAAGGGUUGGGGACCACCCUGUUUAAGUACAGUGACAAGGGUCAUUUUAUGAACUCUCGUUUCCCAGAGUUACUUAAGUAUCUGUUUAGUUUCAUCCAUCAAGGUAAGUCAUCUGAAGGCAUAGAGUAAAUUAUGGUGGAAAAGAGUAGAACUUGUGUAAUCCUGAAAUGUUUUUUCAUCACUCUGUAUUAGUAUUUUAUUGUCUUAUAACUUUCCUCUCCUUAAGUUAUGAGUGUCUUCUUUUGAAAUGCACAGGAAGAUAUAAACCUAAAGUGUAUAAUUACAGUGUAAGAAAUCCUACGACUUAUAUAAAAUUUAUAACUUUCUAAUGUCCAUGUAUUUCAAAAUACUGAUCUCUGUUUUACUUUAUCUUUUUUUUUAAAUAAAAAAAAGCCAACUUGCUACCCUAUUUAAUCAUGAAUAUUUUUCACUAUUAAAUAUUUUUUAAAUAGAAAAAUAUACCAGGAAUCUCAAAUUGUUCUGUGAUUUGUUGAACAGUUUUUCACAUAGUAUUAGCACAGUACUGCUUUAGAUUACCCCAGACACAAUUUUUUUUUAUUUUUAUUCCUCUCCCAUUAUAAAAUUAUUGAUUUUACAAUACUACUUUACAAAACAUUAAUUUGUAAUAUUGAUUGUCUAGUUAAUUUUUUUUUUUUACAUCAAGAUGUCUCAGGAGCUUGUAGAUUAUAUGAACCACUGCAUUUAUUUUAAUCUGAUAUUAAGCGGUUUAUUUGAUUAGACAUGUUAGGCAGCGUUUUGGAAUAUAUGUACAUUCCCCGUUUUUAAUUAUUUAUGAUUUAACAUAUUUAAAAAGAAAACAUUCUAUUAGCUGGAGGUAUAUUAUAAUGCUCUAUAAUUUUAAAAAAUAUAUAUCUUUUGAAUAUUUAAUCCUGUAUUAAAGUGUUGUGGAAUAAGAUAAGUCAUCAAAUAUAUUAUAUAAGUUGUUUCCAAGCAAAUUGUUAUUGUUUCCUAGUUUUGUCUUUAUAUAAAACAGAAGUUGUUCACCACCAAGUUGUCACUAACAUUUACUGUCAAGUGACUAAAUGUUACUAAUGUAAAAGUUGAAAGUAUGUUUAUUGUUUUGUUAAGAAAAUUCUGUGAUAAUUAUAUUUUUUAGAAUUUAUAUUGGAUUGAUGGUUAAAAUUGUUUCAAAAUAUUUUGGAUUAAUAUCAGAAUUUUGUUACUAGCAAUCUAAUAGCACUGUGAUGUUUUUUAUCAGUUGUAAGCAGAAUUCUCAUCUUGUUUUGAAGAAACAAUUUAUUACAUAUAAUAUUGAAGGUUAGAUAUAAGAAUAUAUCAUUAAAAUUGUAUGAAGAUUAUCUGUUCAAAUAGUGUUCUGAUUUUUAUAAUGACCAAAACUUCAUUUUUUUUAAAAAAGAAAUUUUAACACAUUAUAUUCAUGAUGUCAAAAAAAUUGUUGUUACAAAACCAUUUUAUUUUUUUACAUUUAAAAAUUAAAAUUAAUUUUUUCAAUUCCAUAUUGAUUUCUUUUAAAAACUGUAAUCAUAUGAAUCUUUGUUAAGUAUUAAUCAAGAGUGAUUAUUUUCUUCUUGUUUGACAAUCAUAAUAUAUAUAAAGUUUUCAGAAAUAAAUUCUAGUAAACAAAUAAUUAAUUUUUUUUCCCAAACACUGAGCAUAAUUGUGUUUUAGCUAUAAAAUAUGAUUCAAUCAUGAAUGGAUUCAUAAUAGUGCCUUGAAUAAAGCCCUAAUUGCUCUCAACAAGUCAAUAUUCAAUAUUUAUUUAUUAAGUCUUUCACAUUUAAGAGAAUAUACUUUCAGAUCAUAUUUAACUAUUACUCUGCUAAUGUGUGCAGUUCUUUUAAGCUUAUGUAGGUUCAUCCUGUCUGUUUUUGUUUUCUAUCAAUUCAAAUAUUUAAGUAUAUUAUACAGAUAUUGUGUUUUUUAAAUAUGACUUUCAUUAUCUGUGACCUGCUUAAAGGACACUAUACUGAAGCAGUCAAAUCAGAUGCAGUUCAGAAGAGUUUCAGUUUAAAGUUGAUGUAGACUCUGGUAUAUAGUAGGUCUCCAAAUUAACCCAUUUGGGAAGUGUAAAAAAAAAUUAAUCAGAUCAGGUAAUAUGUAGGGCCUAUAUUUAUAUUUUUGUUCUUUAUGCUCUUGUAUCUACAAGUAUUCAGUACUUUUCUUUUUAAAACUCCUUUGUAUGUUGUAAACAUUAGUUAUUUAGUAUAAUAUAAUUAAUAAUGUGAAAUUUCUUCAUGCAUUACAUAGGCUAGACAGUAUGAAAUCCUUUUUUAAUAGAUUGAAUUUGUACAUUUUUAGCACAGUUGGUAGUUGUUUUUUUUUUUUAUAAAUAUGACAUAUUUUAAAAACUAUUUAUAUUUAUAAAUUUCUACUCACUUAACUUGUCAGGUAAUCACUGCCUCAGUACAUUAAAUGAUUAAUGUAUUGAUUUUUAACUGCUGUUACAGUAUCUUGCCAGUGCACUGAUAUUUGUUUUACAUAGCUGAGAGUAAUUUUUCAAAAUUUAUUACAAGGGUAAAUGUUUUAUGAGAUUUUAUGUUUCCCUAAUGAAAUAUCUUUUUUGGAAUUUCAAAUGUGAAACUUUGAAAUAUUUUAUCACUGUGACUGUCAAGACAUUUACUAUAUUUCGUAUUAUCAAACUCUACAUAAUAUUGACAUUUUGACCAAAAUAAAAAUAACAUUAUUAAGAUUUCUACAGGUUUUUUCAAUAAUUUGUGUAGGGAUUUUUGUUAUAUAAAUA